CGAGCAGAAGCGGAGCCGAAGUUACAGACAGGUUCAGACGCGUCAGUUAACAGGCGACCUCCGUUCCGUCAAUCGUAAGGAAGAUUUUGUCUGUAAAAAAGAAGUAUCAGGCUCCUGCGUACCGAGAAUCGGAAUUUUGUGGCUUCUCGAGAGGCAAGUUCGUGAUCAUGGAAAAUGUGAGGAUGUGCGAGAUCGGCUAGCAUCGAGUCGAGCGAGUACGAGUCGAAAACGAUCUCGGUGACCACGAUGGCGUGCACGAGUAAUUGCCAUUUCUGAGUGUCGGCACCGAGAGAGGAUUGCGGAAGGCCACGCCACGUCCGUGUACGUUACGAUGUCGGUGAAGCUCCGAACGAGACCCGCCCAGCCGGCUUCAAGUGUUCAGCUUCGUCGCUCGAGAUCAUCGAACAGCCUGUGAAGCAGAGUUCGCCGUAGAAAGAGAAAGAGGGAAGGGAGGAUCGUGGAACUGCCUUUUUUAGCAGAGUAGAAUUCUUACGAUAUUUUGGUAAAUAUUGAACGCGGUCAGUGGGGGACGACGGAGGAGAGUUCGGUUUGCACCGGGAGCGGAUUCGCGUUAAAUGCUCGUAUUUAGUGCACGAUUGCCGCUCUGCCCGCGCGUGCUGUGUACCGCGCACCGGUUCUCAAGGAUCUCUUGAAAUAAAAGGCUGGAGGAUACCGAACGUUCUCCGGUCAGCUUUCGAUCACCACGAGUGAACGAGUCGCGGUCAAAGUGAAGUGUUUCGGUCUCAGUGAGAUGGCCUUCAUGAUGAAGAAGAAGAAGUACAAAUUCUCGGUGGAGGUCGGUCUGGAGGAACUUACCGCGGUGCCGUUCGUGAACGCAGUGCUGUUUGCGAAGCUCAGACUCCUCGACGGCGGUUCCUUCAUCGACAACUCGACGAGGGAAGAGGUGCAAGAGCACACGGUGAGAUGGAACGCCAAGUUCGAAUUUUUAUGCAAAAUGAGUGCCAACGCGUCUACCGGUAUUCUCGACCCCUGCAUUUUGAGGAUAUCCGUGAGAAAGGAAUUGAAGGGAGGCAGGUCCUUCCAAAAACUCGGCUUCACCGACCUGAACCUCGCCGAAUUCGCAGGAGCUGGACUCUGCAGAACGAGAUGCCUUCUGGAAGGUUACGACGCGCGGCAUCGACAGGACAAUUCCAUGCUGCGCGUCGCUAUCAAGAUGAACAUGCUGUCCGGGGACAUCCUGUUCAAAGUGCCGUCUCCGUCGUUGAAGCAGACGCAGCUCGCUGUACCUGGCGUACCAGGUGUUCCUGGCGUGACGGCGGACGAGGUGACUGUGUCCGAGAGAUGCACCAACCGAGAGGACUACGUGUCCAGCGGAUCCUUGGCUGGGAGUAUAGCCAGUGCCAGCAGCGGUUUCGGCAGUCUUCCUAAAAAGAGGCCCGCUCUCUUUUCCUCGGAGCUCCUCAGCGGAGCGGAAUCGUACGAUCCGAUGACCUUGAGCGAGAUCGUACCGUCGGCUCUUCCAGUGGAGACUCUGGCCGAAGCGCACACGGAGUCGGGCCAUUCCCGUAACAGUAGCAACACCAGUCAGCUGAGCAAAGGAUCCGGCUAUGGAUCCUUGAAUUCACACAGUCAGCACAGUAGACAGAGCAGUAGUGGUGACAGUGGCCACAUUAGGUCACCCUCCUGGCCGGUAUGGGCUCCACGUAUACCCAAUGUCUCCCAAAACUCCUCGAAUCAGCAGCCUCCGAGACCCGAGACCUCUCUCGACGUCGAACCUCCUCCCACAUCUUCUCUAAUGCUGCUGGACCCCCGAAAUCGGUUCUGGUCUGUGUCGAGCCCCCUCUCGUCUCGCCAAUCGGCCUCGCGAAGCUCCGUCAGAUCGGCCAUCGUGUCCGUCGCGAUGUUGAACAAUCGAAAGGAGGCCGAACGAUCGAGGAACGGCGUCGUUUCGAAGGACGCGAAUCGCGUUAACGAGGACGGUAACGAGGAACUCGGCGUGUUCAGGGUACCUGGGCCGCAGGACGUACCGCAUCGGUUGCGGAAGAACUUCGAGAGUUUCGAGGCGCGUAAUGAGUACAACGCCGCGAAGUCUGCGACGGCCGAUCGAAACGGGCAACAGAACAGCGUGAUCGCGGCGCUCGCGAAACCGAGGAUCGGUCAGCCGGGUUGGCGGAGCAUAUCGAAGACCUGCGACUGUAUCGAGAAAGGCAAGACGAGCCCGGUUUUGCGACUGGUCGAUCAGGCCAGAGCCGUGUCCUCCCCGGAUCCCCUUCAUAGGCCCGAUAACCCCAGAGCCUCGCUACGUUCCGCGACGACUGCCCAGACCCUCAGAAAUCCUUCUGGCGGGUCGGGGCUCAGCGAGACGGGAUCUUUGGACCGAGCAAAGGCCGCGUUGGAGCGGCGGAAAAAAGCGGAGGACGGUACGGGGAACCCGGUGUUGUGCAGGGUCGAGGUGACCAGGCCGAACCCAGACUCCCUCAUCGACGAGCUGAUCAAAGCAACGAAUUUGGAGCAAACGGACGAGACUUCGGAAACAACCGGGCUACAAUUGUUCAUCGCGAAGGAUGGUACGACCGCGCUUGGCAGCCACGAGAUCAAGAGUCAAAUGCCCGCGGGUGUGUUCAAGCAGGUAGUGAUGGAGGAGAAUAAUAGGUAACACGAAGCUAUUGGGACGAGAAGACAGUAUGCAAGACAGGCCAGCGCGACGUUCUCGUUGGCCCUAGUGCCAGAGCUCGUCUACGAGGUCUAUGAGCCCCGGUAGUCGCGAGGACAACGAUCACGUUCUAGACUGCUAGACGAUGGAUUCGUCGACAGAGACGGUUCGAACGGCGACGAAACGCGAGUGCAUCCCGAUACCUCCUUACUAAAUCAUCGUUUUCAGUUGCACGGCUAAUGUCCUCCCGGUGCUCGGUGCCUCGAGCACCGAACAGAUUGUCAUUCACGCUCAAACGUUGCUAAUAACUUUGGUUUACGCGACACAAAUUUUCCACCUGCGAUCGCACGUUCGAAGUAAGGGGACCGAUUGAACUCGUUCGAUCUCUGAUACGAAACGCACGAAGCAUGGCAUCCAGAAUUUACUUCAUUCGUCGAAAUGAAAUCGAAAUGACGAUGCAACGUUCAUGUUCUUCCGUACCUCGCGAACAAAUCGGAGGACCUCGUCGUUCAGGCGAUAAAACUAAAAAAAAAGAGAAGUUCGAACGAGAAACGCGAAAACGGAGAUGCUCGAUGCGUAACGUUCGUCGAUCGACGUUGACUAACGUCGUACAGUGUGUACACGCACCGACACUUAUUUUUUCUACCUGCGUUCACGGUUCCUCCGUUGUCCGCGCGAACGAUCGUGCGAGUCACUAUAAAGUGGUCCGGACGCGCUUCAAUUCGCGUUAACGUACAAAAAAAAUAAGAAAACGAUUUUUCCUUUUGAUCGCGUUUAACUAUUAUUUAAGGUACUAUUUGUAUUUAUUUUUAUUCUCGAAUUCAACUCCACUUUAUAGUAUUUCCGUAUAAUAUAUUCUCAAGAAUUUUAACUUCGUCGCGACCCUUUGUACUUCUAGCCUUUGAUGCUGUUUUAGACGUUUUCGUGGCAACUUCUGCGAAUGAGAGAGACAGAGAGAGAAAGAGAGAGAGAGAGAUAAGAGGUGUUGUCGAACAGAAAUCGAACCGCUGUUUCGUCCCGCGCGGAGGAAACGUACAAUUCCAUUUUGCUAACGAUAAGACACUUCGAAAAACGGUGGAACCAGAUCCACCGACUACAAGUGCCACAUUAUUUAAUUAUCGAGGCUGGAUGUUUUUCCGUGAUAUUAUUCUAAUUCUAAUUACUGUACUCUCGACGAUCCCCCGUAUUCUCCACACCGCUAUUCCUAAGCCUGAUCCAGAGAUAGAAAGGAGAAGAGUGAAAGUAAAGAGAAGAGAGAUACGGAUUUUUUCAAUUUUCUAACGCAGCCCAACGGUGACUGCGUUAGCGAUUCGUUGUACAUAUAGCGGUAGUAAUUGUUGCGUAGGUAGAUGACCGGUGUCGUAUACGUACGUUCUCUCCCCACUUCUCCCUCAUUACUCGAAUUACCUGUGACCAGUGGCGGGCCGAAGAUCGUUCCGAAUAAGAAUCGAAGCGGCGACGCGUCGAUUCGAAUCUUACUCGUAGCGAGAUUCGCGCGUUCGCCAUUAUCAGUGACCCUCUAGCGUAUCGAAGCAUUGCGGGGACGUCUGCGACUGGAAGUUGGUCGCACGUCGCCCGCGGACACGCGAACAAGACAGCGAGGAGAUGAUACGUUAUGUACAUAUAGGCCUGAAGAUAUAUACAUCUGUACAUAUAUAGUGCCUGAACACACUUGCUGGAUGAACGAGAUCGAAGAAUGCUAGAGUGAAGGAGAGUGGCGAAAACUUCCAGCGGCCCAAGGACGAAUCGCUGAGAAAACAGAUCAGAUGAGAAGUAGACUACGAGCGUAGGGAACGAGAGCGCGUUGCCCCUACGCUCCGGCAUUUUGCGUCGAGCACUGAAUCAACGAGAGCGAAUCUGAGGUAGAAGAUGUAUAACGACGAGACGAGUGGGAAGUCAGCGAUUAUAUGCACAAAUCUCCCCGCUUUCGCUUCGAAAGAAAAAGACAAACCCUUUGAUCCGCGUCUCCAGAAAAGACUUCCACGGUGGGAGUAUCGUCGUAUCGGGUCUCUAAUAACGAUCCGACGGUUCUCGUCCACGAUUCGUCGAUUUCGACCGUUCAAACGAACCAUCGAUUUCGACACUACGUUUUGAAUCAUUACGAGCUCUCGUGCACAAUUCAGUAUUGGGUUUCGUCGUGUUUCAGUUCUCAUUGUCCUAAGUGAUAUUUUCAUGAGCAGCAUUCUCAGCCAGAGAAAUCUUUUUGCCUAGCACUGUCCUUCCGAAGCGUAUAUCGCGUUGUUAAAUCUAUUUGAAAGAGGCAACUCUCUUCCCUAUGGUACAUAUUGACCGGUCAAAUAUUUGGACGGUUGACAGAAUCACCGUACCGACGAGAAAUUUCACGCUGACCGAUAGCUACAGGACUGUCUGCGACAUUGUUUCCUGACGAAACUGAAAUUAAAUUCCGAGCAAUAAUACGUACAAUAAAAUCGACGCGACGCUGACGAAAUAUGAUUGACUGAUCGACGGUAGUCGGAACUGGCGAUCCGGAGCCCAUCGACGCUGUCCCAUCCAGUUCGUCCUCCUGUUUCCUCUUUCUUUUCUAUACAUUUUUCAUUAACGCAGUAUUUUUCUAUAACGCCUGUGCCCGAUUUUCGUACGAUUACUGUGUCGCGCUGCUUGCGAGUCUCACGCCAAAGUAGCCAGUCUCCGGUUCGAAAGGAAGCAGAGCGAGAGAGUGAGUGUGUGUGUGUGUGUGAGAGAGAAAGAGAGAGAUAAUAGAGAAGUAUAGAGAAGAGUACGCGAGUCGCCGAACGACGCGCAAUGUGCAAUAUUUUUUCAACGUACGUCGGUGUGUAAAAAAUUUUUAUUUGAAACGAGGCGCGACGUUCAGCGGUUCGCGAUUCAUUGAGCAUCCUACGCGCGUUGAAAUCGUGUCUAAAUACAUUUCACGAGACUUUACGUUUAUCGGUCCCCGAUGGAAAUCAAAGAACACGGGGAUAUCUGAAAGAGGAGAUCUCAGCGCGCGUCGAUCGCUUCGUAUCAGAGUUGGGCAUCGAACAAAUUAAUUCGAAUCGUCGUCAGUCAUCGCGACUAAAUAAACUCUUUCGUCGAGAUGAAACUGUUCGGAAAUGAUGAAUGAGAUCUUAAUCAAACGUAACUCUAGCGACAAGAAUUCGUUCGCAUAUAAUUUAUAGAACUGUCGCGAGUGGACUGCGGAUUUGACGCGUUUAUAAAAGAAUGGAAAUGUUGCACGUGCAGAAAAUAAAGAUGCGGGAAGAUGUGAGGAACAUACCGGCAAUGCUCGACUAUCAUAAAUAUUUAAGUUUCGCGUAAAAAUCCGCAGUUUCAUCGCGAGGAAGCUGAAACGAGGUCUUUGUUCGUUAUCCGGAUUUGCCCAACGCUGCUGUUUGCAUCAGUGCGUGUCGCGAUUUCUUUAUCGUCCUUCCGUUUCGUUCAACGUAUCCGUGUCUUUGCCCUAGGUGUUCGAGGCGAAGCGGCCGAAACGCGUCGCUCGCCUCGUCGACCGGGCUUUUUCGUUUCUUCUCGUAUCCCGAUCUGGCACCAGAGGAUGAUACGAGUCAGAGGAUGUGCGUUUCGUUGGUCAAGGUGUGUCGAGGUCUGAGGCACGUCGAGAACGUCCGCGAGGGCACCGAUACACUUCGUACAAUGCUAUUUAGACAUCGUUCCCUGUUCCUUGAAAAGACUAGCUACCGCAGAAGCGUCUUCACCUGAUUCCAUCGGUAGACCGGGAAUUCGACGCGUUCGUAAGAAAUGUAAAAGCAAAUGUAACGAAAUAUGCACACGUCGUUGACUUUUUUCAUUGAUUCUUAUAAACAUCGAUGAUACUCGGAACUUCUGUUUUCUCCUCUUAAGAUUCGACCAUGUACAGAAUUCGUGAAAUUUCAAGGUGAGGCACCUUUCGCUUGAUCGAUACUCGCGUUUCAAAGUUCUCAUACCUUCUCCUCCUUCCUCUCUUCCUUCUGUUCGGGAUUUUUAUUCGAACGCGUCUUCGAACGAGUCUUCGAACGAUCUGUUUCCUUGAAACGAAAAUGAGUCGCGUCGGGCGACUCGCGCACGUACUCGACCGCAAUCCCCCGACGGAUAUUAAACGUUGUGAUACUUUACAAUAUUGUAACGACUACUCGUUGUCGCCUCUGUAUUACGAAGUGUAUUACACGAACGAUUCUACUUUUUAAUUUGAUUUUUCGGAACUGGCUUCUAGAACGCCGCCGAGGGAGCGGCUCCUCGGCGGCCCGUAAGAUCCGUGAUUAUUAUUAAUAUUAUAUUUUUUUUUUUAUUUAUAAUUGUUGACGUUUUGUCCGAUCCUUACUGCGCGAGAUGAUGGAUGCAAAACUAUCAUGUGCUGAUAAUAAUACUUCGAAAAUCAA